UCCUCCCAGCACCCUCACCGUUCAGAGGGAAAGCUUUUCUUCUCACAGCAGCAGCGGGGAUUUUUCGGACUGCACACGCCGGAUAUUCAUCACACCAUAAAACGCACUCACGACUGAACGCGACGAGAGCAGAAGGACACUUUCCCGGGUCGUGUAUCCCUCCACGUCCCACCUCUCAGCUUUAGGCCGCCGUUUCUUUGUUUAAUUUCUAUACAAAAUAUUUCUUCGUACGUUGUCCCCCUCCCGACUGGCUCUCAGUGGCGCACUCAGCUCUCUUUUGCUGACAUGGUAGAUUAUCACGCUGCUAAUAAUCAAUCCUCGACCGAGGGCGUGCAGAUAUACAUGGAGCAAGAGAAUGAUUGGGACCGGGACCUGCUCCUGGACCCGGCCUGGGAGAAACAGCAGAGGAAGACGUUCACGGCGUGGUGCAACUCCCACCUGAGGAAGUCCGGCACGCAGAUUGAAAGCAUAGAGGAGGACUUCAGGGAUGGGCUCAAACUGAUGCUGCUGCUGGAGACCAUCUCAGGUGAACGGUUAGCCAAGCCUGAGCGAGGCAAGAUGAGGGUCCACAAGAUCAACAACGUGAACAAAGCCCUGGACUUCAUCGCCGGUAAAGGAGUGAAACUGGUCUCCAUUGGAGCAGAGGAGAUCGUGGACGGAAACGCCAAGAUGACCCUGGGAAUGAUCUGGACCAUCAUCCUCCGCUUCGCCAUCCAGGACAUCUCUGUGGAAGAGACCUCUGCCAAGGAGGGUCUUCUGCUUUGGUGCCAGAGGAAGACCGCUCCCUACAAGAAUGUCAAUGUGCAGAACUUCCACAUUAGCUGGAAGGACGGUCUGGCCUUCAACGCUCUGAUCCACAGACACAGACCCGACCUCAUCGACUACGACAGCCUCAGAAAGGACGACCCUGUGACUAACCUGAACAACGCCUUUGAGGUGGCUGAGAAGCACCUGGACAUCCCCAAGAUGUUGGACGCAGAAGACAUUGUGAACACUGCUCGUCCAGAUGAGAAAGCCAUAAUGACUUAUGUGUCCAGUUUCUACCAUGCCUUCUCUGGAGCACAGAAGGCUGAGACAGCCGCCAACCGUAUUUGCAAAGUGCUGGCUGUCAACCAGGAGAACGAGCAGAUGAUGGAGGACUACGAGAAGCUGGCCAGUGAGCUGCUGGAGUGGAUCCGCCGGACCAUCCCCUGGCUGGAGAACCGGACCCAGGAGAAGACGGUGACUGACAUGCAGGCCAAGCAGGAGGACUUCAGAGACUACCGCUGCGUCCACAAACCCCCCAAGGUCCAAGAGAAAUGCCAGCUGGAGAUCAGCUUCAACACUCUGCAGACCAAACUGAGACUCAGCAACAGACCUGCCUUCAUGCCGUCAGAGGGACGCAUGGUGUCUGACAUCAACGGAGCGUGGUACACUCUGGAGGGAGCAGAGAAGGGCUACGAGGAGUGGAUCCUCAGCGAGAUCAGACGUCUGGAGAGACUGGAGCAUUUAGCCGAGAAGUUCCACCAGAAGUCUAAAAUCCAUGAGUCCUGGACCGACGGUAAGGAGGCCAUGCUGACCCAGAAAGACUACGAGACUUGCACCCUGUCCGAAGUCAAGGCGUUGCUACGGAAACACGAAGCCUUUGAGAGCGACCUGGCGGCCCAUCAGGACCGAGUGGAGCAGAUCGCCGCCAUCGCACAGGAGCUCAACGAGCUGGACUACUACGACUCUGCCAGCGUCAACGCUCGCUGUCAGAAGAUCUGUGAUCAGUGGGACAGCCUGGGGGCCCUCACCCAGAACCGCAAGGAGUCUCUGGAGAGGACAGAGAAGCAGCUGGAGUCCAUCGAUGAGCUGUACCUGGAGUACGCCAAGAGAGCAGCGCCCUUCAACAACUGGAUGGAGGGAGCAAUGGAGGACCUGCAGGACAUGUUCAUCGUGCACAACAUCGAGGAGAUCCAGGGUCUGAUCACAGCCCACGAGCAGUUCAAGUCCACCCUGGCGGAGGCCAACAAGGAGCGGGAGGCCAUCCAGGCCAUCCAGGCGGAGGUGCAGAAGAUCGCCCAGAGCAACGGCAUCAAGCUGAGCGCUGCCAACCCCUACACCACCAUCACCCCGCAGAGCAUCGACAGCAAGUGGGAGAAGGCGAUGGGCAUGGUGCCCCUGCGUGACACGGCCCUGCAGGAGGAGCUGAACAAGCAGAACAACAACGACAGUCUGAGAGCCAAGUUCGCCACGCAGGCCAACACGGUCGGCGCCUACAUACAGGCAAAGAUGGAGGAAAUAGGCCGGAUAUCCAUUGAGAUGAACGGCACUCUGGAAGACCAGCUGACCAACCUGAGGGAUUACCAGACGUCCAUCAUGUCCUACAUGCCAGAGAUCAACACCCUGGAGGGCUCCCACCAGCUCAUCCAGGAGGCCCUCAUCUUCGAUAACCAAUACACCUCCUACACAAUGGAGCACCUGCGUGUGGGCUGGGAGCAGCUGCUGACCACCAUCGCCAGGACCAUCAACGAGGUGGAGAACCAGAUCCUGACGCGUGACGCCAAGGGCAUCAGCCAGGAGCAGCUCUACGAGUACCGCGCCUCCUUCAACCACUUUGACAAGGAUCACAGUGGGGCUCUGAUGGCCGAAGAGUUCAAGGCCUGUCUGAUCAGUCUGGGCUACGAUGUGGAGAACAACAAGCAGAAGCGAUCGGGACUGAUGGUCUCAGAGGAUUUCCGGGCUCUACUCAUUUCUACAGGAUACAGCCUGGGAGACAGUGAGUUUGCUCGCAUCAUGAGCAUAGUGGACCCCAACAACAGCGGAGCAGUCACCUUCCAAGCCUUCAUCGACUUCAUGUCCAGGGAAACGACUGACACGGACACUGCAGACCAGGUCAUCGCCUCCUUCAAGAUCCUGGCCGCUGACAAGACCUUCAUCACGGCCGAGGAGCUGCGGAGGGAGCUCCCCCCCGACCAGGCGGAGUACUGCAUCGCCCGCAUGGCGCCCUACACGGGGCCCGACGCCGCCCCCGGGGCCCUGGACUACAUGUCCUUCUCCACCGCCCUGUACGGAGAGAGCGACCUGUAGAGGAGGGCUGCACAAACCAGUGGGGGGGGGGGGAGGGGGGUGUAGAGAGUUACUCUGUGCGUAGAGAAGAGGCCAGAACGUGAGCAAUUGGAAGAAUUUGAUUGGUGGUUGUGAGGUGCCCCUGCGUGUGCCGUUUUAGAAAGGAUCAGGAGUGUUUGAGAAUGAGCGUGUUGAUUGGACUGUAGUUAGGUGGGCCGGGGUCGAAUGUUUUCCAAACGCAUCCAGAGUAAUCCAUUUGUUGUAAAAGGUAUUUGAUGAACGGGCAUAUCCAGGGCAGCUGGGGACAGUUGCUCUGUAGUGCGGGUCCUUAGCUUCACCCUCUCUGCCUUUGUGGAGCUAAACUGGGGAGGGGGGGAACAAGCUAAUUUGAUACUUAUGCUAUUUUUUGUUUAUUUUAUUAUAAUUUCUUUAUUCUUGUCAGCUGAGGGGGGGGCAGGGUGGUGUGGGGUUUGAUGUGGCGACUGGCGAGGUUUGUGUAUUAGAUCCUAGAGAUAUAUGCUGCGGGGUCAGAAGGAUGGGAGGGGGGGUGCUGACCAAGCAGAGAUAAAAUGACUUAUUUACCCAUAAUUCCCACGUGGCUGGAUAAGGUCACCCGUCUGACCUCAGCUCUUUUCCUCCUCCUGUCUUUGUUAAUUUGGUGGGGUGGGGCUGGUGAUUGGUGCAGAUUGGGGGGGGGGCGGGGCCCAGCGCUGUACAUACUUUUUUUUCCAGUGCGAAUCAUGUCAUACACAGUUCGAGUUGUUGAGAAUAAUUGAUGGCAGGCUUUCCAGUCGAGGGACAUAUAUUAAAAAUAAAAACGCUGACAUUUCAAAGCCAAUGAGAGCAGAGCAGUUUCACCAGUGGGUAGGUUUGAGCUUCCAGAAGUCUUUUUUUCUUCAGCUUUCUUUUUCUCUCUGCAAUGGAAAUAAUCGUGGAAAUAGUUGGUAGCCAUGAAGUGGAGCCUUAUGUACCGAAAGGCCUUCCCCUGUAUAAAUCCCAUGACAAGCAUCACCAUAAUUAUCAACAAAUAUUUGCUUCUGUGAAACUAUUCUCCUCCUGGCUAUAGGUGCUUAUUUAAAUAAAAACAAUUAUACAUUUAUAUGAUAGGUAAGAUUGUAGUGGUCAAAGUUAGUCCAGUUUUAUAUACAAGAAAUAAUGCAGAAUUAUAUACACGUCAUUUCAUUGAGACAUUGACUUCCUAGAUUUUUAAGAGCUACCAUAGUAACGCGCUGUGGAGCUCCCCCCUUAGACUUUUGGAACAAUGGUGGAAGAAAUCAAAUAAAUGUGCCGAAUGGUGAGCCCUGUCCCUCGCUCUUACUCUCUCCUAAAGUCAGUCUCCCACUUCUUCCUGUUCUCUCCCCCAUCCCUACACCCCUCAUCUGUCCCUAAAGAAAGGGGAAAUAAAAUAUACCGCAAAGAAGGGGGAGGGAAAAGAUCGGGGAGGGGUCUUUAUGUAAACAUUCCAUUAUGUGCAAGUAAAAAAAUACUACAAAAGGAAAUGAUGUAAAAAAGAAAACUAUGCAAUCAUAAUGUGUUCAAUAUCUGAGCUCUGGGUGUUGUGGGCAUCAAUCAGGCCCUUUCUGGGAAAGCUCUGUCUAAAUUCCAGGAUAACUGAGUCCUCUAGUGUUUGUUGGCUGUUACGGGGGAGAGGAGGGGGAGACUCAGGGAGGGACAGACGGGGAAGGAACUGAGAAGAAAAGACUUGGACCAAAAGCUUGUUUCUCUUCUUUCUUUCGCUUGUUUUCCCUGUGAGGUUGGAGAGAAAUGAACUCUGGAAUUGUGAUUUUCCUUUUUUUGUACUCUUUAAUAUCAAACCUUAUCUGCUGUACUGGAAACUGCAACGCCUUCUGUCUGUAAUGAUAAGUGAGUUUCACAAAGCACACAUAAAAGUUUCCUUACAAAAUA